AUGGAGGGCUCGUCCGUCUCGAACGCAGACAAGAAGCGCAAUAAACUGGGCUACCAUCGCACCUCUGUCGCAUGUGUGCACUGUCGGCGGCGAAAGAUUCGAUGUCUCGUGGCGGCGGACGAUGCUCAGGGCCGAUGCGAAAACUGUAUCCGACUGCGAAAAGAGUGUCAAUUCUACCCCGUUGACCAACAACCGCCGGUCGAGAAGAAGUCGCGGCCGAGUUCGCGAUUAGAAACGACCUCGACGGACCCCUCGACCACUUCGUCGCCUCCUCCUAAUGCCAGCGGGGCUCCUGAAGGGGCAGAGAACUUCUUCUCCUACCAGCCCAUGCCGUUGAGCUCCAGCCAGGAAGUGCCUGCGUUCAGUGCGAGUGGGACCUUCCCCGGCAAUCCAAUGCCCUCGUUUGCACCAGGUUUAAUAGUUGGCAAUAGUGUGGGAUCUACCGAUUUCGCACCAGCAGCACCACCGCUCGACCCUUCCGUCCCCUGGGAUGAGUUUACCACAAUAUCCGAUCCUCAGAUGCUGGCGUCGAUGAACGCAGGGAAGUCGCAGAUGAUGAACCUGUCUCCCAACGUAUGGAGCAGCCCUGGCGGUACUCCAAUUACGCCCAUCCCAUCUACAUCUCCCAUGACGGCUACACCAACCGUGCCAUCUCAGUCGCAACCCAUGAACGCUCCUCCGACCUUUGCCAUGCAGCCCGACGGCUCAGUAUGGCAAGUACCACAACCUCGCUCGAUGAGCUACCCAGCACAACAGGACAUGGCAACAUACCCAAACCCCAAUCAGUUUCCGCCGCAGAUGCAUGCAGACUUGAAGCGGAGGAUGACCAGCCCGGCGAAUGCGUUUCCCGGAACACCGAUCAACGCUCAGAGCCCUAAUAUGCAAGGGGCCCCCGUCUCGAUGUCGUACCCCGGUCAACCAACACCAAUGGGAUUUCCCGGAUGGCAAGACAUGAGCAGCAUGGGCCAGUUGGACGUUGUGCCUUACCCGAUGUACGCAGGAGAUCCAGCCGGUCAUGCCACGCCUUUCGCCAGUCCCCCGAUGGGACAUCCGAGCCACGGCCAUUCACCUCAACACUGA